AUGUGGUUAUCAGACUCGCAGAAGGUCGGAGUGGCCUUCUGCUCAGGCGGCGGCUUCUUUCUCAUAGGGGGUGUACUCCUCUUCUUCGACAGAGCCAUGCUCGCAAUGGGCAAUAUCCUCUUCCUGAUCGGCCUAACAAUCAUCAUCGGCCCUGCCAAAACAGCCGUAUUUUUCGCCCGCCGACAGAAAAUCCAAGGAACUCUCGCCUUCUUUUCCGGCCUGACGUUGAUUUUCCUCCGGUGGCCUCUGAUCGGUUUUCUUAUCGAGCUGUACGGGAUUUUGAUCCUGUUUGGGGACUUUUUGGGGACGAUUCUCGGGUUUGCGAGGAAUAUUCCCGUUGUUGGGCCGUAUGUGGGCAUGUUGGUUGACAGGACGGGCUUGGGGGCGAGGAGGAAUGCUGAGUUGCCUGUUUAG